AUGCCCGUCAAGCUUCUCCGGACGCCCACCGCCGGGCGACGCCACCACUUGCUGGUGCUGCACCUCGUUCCCGGCCUCCUGCUUGUGCUGCUCUCGUGCUCGUGCUCGGCGUCGGCGUCGGCGUCGACGGUGGUCACCCACCUGCCAGGAUUCGAUGGCCCUCUCCCCUUCUACCUCGAAACCGGAUACGUUGGCGUGGAGGAGGAGACCGGGACGGAGCUCUUCUACUACUUCGUCGAGUCGGAGAGGAGCCCCGGCACGGACCCCGUCAUCCUGUGGCUCACCGGCGGGCCUCGCUGCUCGGGCUUCAGCGGCUUCGCCUUCGAAGUUGGUCCCGUGAAGUAUGUGCUAGCGCCGUACACUGGAGUUUUGCCGCGGCUGGUACAGAACCCGCUGUCAUGGACCAAGAUGGCGAGCAUCAUCUUCCUCGAUUCGCCGGUCUGCUCGGGCUUCUCGUAUGCUCGUGACCCCAAAGGCUGCGACGUCGGAGACUACUCGUCGUCUCUGCAAGUCCAAAGAUUCCUGAACAAGUGGUUCACUCAUCACCCGCAGUACCUUUCAAAUCCUUUCUACCUUGGAGGAGAUUCAUACGCCGGAAAGGUGAUUCCACUUAUUGCAACAUACAUUUCACAAGGAACUGAAAAAAGGGAGCAGCCUCUCAUUAAUCUCAAGGGCUAUUUGGUCGGCAAUCCUAUAACAGACCCAAAGUUCGAUAGAAAUUUCCGAGUACAAGGUGCUCAUGGCUUUGGGAUAAUAUCUGACCAAAUAUAUGAGGCUGCAAUGAAAAACUGCAAAGGAAAUUAUGUAAUCCCCGAGAAUCAACUGUGUGCUGAGGUGCUAGAAACUGUAGACAGUCUCAUCUCUGAAAUCGCAGACGGGCACGUCUUGUACAAAAAAUGUGUCGUCGCCACGCCAAAGCCCAUAGAUGAUGCUACAAGAAGAAAAUUUCUGCUAGAAGAAUCAAUCAAGCCAAAUGAAGCGCCCGGUCGACCUACCGUCGAUUGUUUUACAUACGGUUACUACCUGGCAUACUUUUGGAUGAACAACAAGAUGACUAGAGAUGCUCUCGGUAUCAAGGGGGGAACAGUUAGUGAGUGGGUGAGAUGCAAAAAAGAACUCCCCUACACACAGGACAUGCCAAGCAGCAUACCGUAUCAUCUUAAUCUCACCAAGAGAGGCUACCGUGCACUCGUGUACAGCGGAGACCAUGAUCUCCAGGUGCCUCACCUCAGCACGCAGGCAUGGAUAAGAUCCUUGAACUUCUCCAUCGUCGAUGAUUGGAGGGCAUGGCAUCUAGGCGGCCAGGCUGCAGGAUUUACCAUCUCAUAUGCGAACAAUUUGACAUUUGCAACAAUAAAGGGUGGUGGUCAUACUGCUCCAGAGUACCGGCCUGAAGAAUGCUUUGCCAUGGCCCGAAGGUGGCUUGACAACAAGCAACUCUAA